AUGGGCGUCGCUACGGACGCUCUGAUUGGCAGCAGGGUUAAGGGCCACUGCGGUAAUGUGUUGGUUAUGGUGCAAUGGACGGGUGAGUGCCGCCAAGAGACGGGCGAGGGCCGCAAGAGACGGGCGAGGGCCGCAAGAGACGGGCGAGAAGGCCCCAAGAGACGGGCGAGAGGGCCCCAAGAGACGGGCGAGAGGGCCCCAAGAGACGGGCGAGAGGGCCCCAAGAGACGGGCGAGAGGGCCCCAAGAGACGGGCGAGAGGGCCCCAAGAGACGGACGAAGGCCCCAAGAGACGGGCGAAAGCCGCGAAGAGACGGACGAAGGCCCCCAAGAGACGGGCGAGAGGGCCCCAAGAGACGGGCGAGAGGGCCCCAAGAGACGGACGAAGGCCCCCAAGAGACGGACGAGGGCCCCCAAGAGACGGACGAGGGCCCCCAAGAGACGGACGAGGGCCCCCAAGAGACGGGCGAGAGGGCCCCAAGAGACGGGCGAGAGGGCCCCAAGAGACGGGCGAGAGGGCCCCAAGAGACGGGCGAGAGGGCCCCAAGAGACGGGCGAGAGGGCCCCAAGAGACGGGCGAGAGGGCCCCAAGAGACGGGCGAGAGGGCCCCAAGAGACGGGCGAGAGGGCCCCAAGAGACGGGCGAGAGGGCCCCAAGAGACGGGCGAGAGGGCCCCAAGAGACGGGCGAGAGGGCCCCAAGAGACGGGCGAGAGGGCCCCAAGAGACGGGCGAGAGGGCCCCAAGAGACGGGCGAGAGGGCCCCAAGAGACGGGCGAGAGGGCCCCAAGAGACGGGCGAGAGAGCCCCAAGAGACGGGCGAGAGAGCCCCAAGAGACGGGCGAGAGGGCCCCAAGAGACGGGCGAGAGGGCCCCAAGAUACGGACGAGGGCCCCGAAGAGACGGACGAAGGCCCCCCAAGAGACGGACGAGGGCCCCGAAGAGACGGACGAAGGCCCCCCAAGAGACGGACGAGGGCCCCAAGAGACGGACGAAGACCCCCAAGAGACGGACGAGGGCCCCCAAGAGACGGACUAGGGCCCCCCAGAGACGGACGAGGGCCCCCCAGAGACGGACGAGGGCCCCCCAGAGACGGACGAGGGCCCCCCAGAGACGGACGAAGACCCCCAAGAGACGGACGAAGACCCCCAAGAGACGGACGAGGGCCCCAGGAGACGGACGAGGGCCCCCAAGAGACGGACGAGGGCCCCCAAGAGACGGACGAAGGCCCCCAAGAGACGGGAGCUUUUGAAGGAUGGCUCAACUACGACCCCAAUAACUUGACGACUAUGACAAAACUGUUGAUAACCUUUGUGGCGAACGAGACUUGGACGGCAACAAGAGUAGUCAAUGGUUGA